ACCUAAUAACUCCCAAAUGAUUAUAUUAUUCCGUACGCUAGCGACCAAAAUCUUUUCUUGGUUCUAAGCUUUUUCCUAGCUUCACCGGACAACGGGAAAUGGGUUCCGGCCGGCGAAUUCCUUUCGCCCUUGUUCUGUUCUUUUGCCUUAUAAUUGCCUCUCACUCUCUUAGUUCUAAAUAUGAUUUCCGGAAGAAACACAAAAUCAAAGGACCCAUUAAAACUUUAGUUAUCCUCGUCAUGGAAAACCGGUCCUUUGACCAUCUUUUAGGUUGGCUCAAAUCUACCCGACCCGAUGUCGACGGACUCACCGGCUCCGAGUCAAAUCCAGUCAACGUCACCGACCCCAACUCCCCCAAGAUCUCCGUCUCCGACGACGCUAUCUUCGUCGAUUCCGAUCCGGGCCACUCUUUCCAAGCGAUCAGAGAACAGAUUUUCGGGUCCAACGAUACCUCAGCUAACCCGGCUCCGAUGAACGGCUUCGCCCAACAAGCGGAGAGCAUCGGUGAGGGAAUGGCCAAAACUGUGAUGAGUGGGUUCAAACCGGGCCUGUUACCGGUUUACACGAAGCUAGCGAACGAGUUCGGCGUUUUCGACCGGUGGUUUGCUUCGGUUCCCGCCUCGACUCAACCGAACCGUUUUUACGUUCAUUCAGCGACGUCGUUUGGCGCCAUGAGUAACGUCAGGAAAGACCUCAUCCACGGAUUCCCUCAAAAAACGAUAUUCGAUUCGUUGGACGAAAAUGGCCUCAGCUUCGGCAUUUAUUACCAAAAUAUCCCGGCCACCCUUUUCUUCAAAAGCGUAAGAAAAUUGAAGUUCCUGACCAAAUUCCACAGUUACACCCUGAAGUUCCGGCUCCACGCUCGGCUUGGGAAACUACCAAAUUACGUGGUGGUAGAGCAACGCUACUUCGAUGUGAAGGCGUUUCCGGCGAACGACGAUCACCCGUCGCAUGACGUGGCGCGUGGACAGAGGUUCGUGAAGGAGGUGUACGAGAUACUUAGAGCUAGUCCGCAGUGGAAGGAGACGGCGCUUUUGAUUACGUACGAUGAGCACGGGGGGUUUUAUGAUCAUGUGCCGACUCCUGUCUCGGGUGUGCCUAACCCGGAUGGAAUUGUGGGACCCGACCCGUAUUAUUUCAAGUUUGAUAGAUUGGGUGUUAGGGUCCCUACUAUCUUGGUCUCUCCCUGGAUUGAUAAGGCCACUGUGAUCCAUGAGCCAGAUGGGCCAAUGCCACAUUCACAAUUUGAACAUUCUUCCAUCCCCGCAACAGUGAAGAAGCUUUUCAACCUGAAUUCAAAUUUCCUGACGAAGAGGGAUGCAUGGGCUGGUACUUUUGAGAAUUAUUUUAACCUGCGCAGUACUCCACGUAGUGAUUGUCCAGAAACUCUUCCCGAAGUGAAGACACCAUUGAGGCCAUGGGGACCGAAAGAAGAUUCUAGCCUCUCAGAAUUCCAAGUUGAACUCGUUCAGCUUGCAUCACAGCUCAAUGGUGAUUAUGUCCUCAAUACUUACCCAAAUAUUGGCAGAAACAUGACGGUAGGUGAAGCCAACAGAUACGUGGAGGAUGCGGUCAAGAGGUUCCUGGAAGCUGGAAAGGCUGCUAUUAGAGCUGGAGCUAAUGAAUCUGCAAUUGUAACAAUGAGGCCUUCGCUUACCAGUCGAGUUAAGGUAGAUCAGAGCAGCUGUGCUGAAGCCAUUUAGUAAUACAAUUGCCCCUUGUAAAAUAGAAAUUUAAACUUUUCUACUAUUACAUAAUACACGCCUUUCUUUCCCAGAUAUUCCUCGGUGACACUUCUGUGGUUUUGUAAAAUGUAGACCUGGGAAAUUAUGUAUUUGUGUGGUAAAUUAUGUAUUUGUAUUGUGUAAAAUAUUA